AUGGCCUCUUAUCACCGGGUUCUCGACACAUUCGAUAGAUCAGUCAAUUUGAAGAGCGUUGAGUGCGAUUAUGAUAUACACCCGUGGGACAUUCUUGUGGAUGGCUCGCGAUGGCAGGGCAAAAUUCGCCUUGUAGGAUUUGUCGACGUCUUCUUUCUGAUCUGUUACUCGGGAGAGUCUCGCUUUGAGAAGGGCAUCAUCAUAUACAAGGACGAUGUUUUUAUCCGUAACAUCUUACGGGAAGCCAAUGUCACAGCCGCAGAGCUGAGCCUUGAGGUCAUCAACGAAAGUGAGAUCAAAGCCGCACAAGCCAAAGGUCAUGAAUCAAUUCUUGAGAGGCACUUCAAGUUUCAAAGCAUCAGAGGUGGUCUUGAUUAUACGAUCACCAGCCUCGGACACGAAAUAGGAGUCAAAACCAGGUACGAAAAGACGGAUCUGAAACGAUUUGAAAUCAAGAUCCGAAAAGGCAGAGACUUUGCCAUGAAAAAACGCAUUCGUCGCGGAGUUUCCCAGCACGACUUGUUCGACUUGAUGCAUGAUGCUAUUCGCCUAGGAAUCAUCACGCACGCUGAGCUCAUUGGACAUAUUGUUGGAAAGACAAUUGGUGGUACAACAGUGGAAGAUAUGGGCUCCAAAUAUUUUGAGGCCAUCACCGGGGCUAAAAGCUCGCAGAACUUGGCGUUGGCAGCGGACAGGUAA